UGUACCGAGGCUCACCUUUGAAGGUCGUUCCGAUUAUUACGUUGCUACGAAUGUUUUCGAGUACGUACUGUGAUGGUUGAAACUAUUCUAGAUUGGAUACUUGCUUGUACCCGAAUCAUUUCUUUCGCUACCAUACAUUCUGAUCCUACCUAGGUCCACUGAUCGAUWAGAGCACAAACCGACCCGUGGCCUGUGUGGCGACUGGAUCAAUCACUUCCAAAACCAUAGAUGUUGGAAAAAACUUGGUAAUCCCUUUCGGUGCAAUCUAGUUCCCCCUUCCCCCACCCACCAAGCGUUUCCCGUUUCAAACGGAUGAAUCAGUCGCCUCCCUGUGACUCUUGGAUUUUCUUCCUUAGGGCCGCGAUCUUCUUAUCGAUGAGAACCCUUUCCUUCGCGGGAUUCAUAGGCGCAGCAUUCGCCUUCGUCCCCGAAGACGAGCCAGGGUCCGCGUGCGAUGGUUUCACAACGAGUCGUUUGCGGAGGAGCAUUCGUCCAUCGAGAUUGUCCAAGGCUUUCUGGGCGUUUUCGAUCGAGUCGUACUCUACGAAGCAAUACCUCCAGCCGGCCGUCGACCCCGGUUUUUGCAUAAAGUCCGAGAUGCGUUCCAGUCUCCCAAAUUUCGAAAAUAGUUUUUCCACGUGGAUUUUGUUGAUAACGGGUGCAAAGCCCGUCACAAAAAGUGAUUUUGAUGUAGCCAACGUCCUUCCGUGUCGACCAAAGCCGGUCMCCGCUCUCUUCUCAGUUGCAUCAACGUUCUGCUUGCCAUCUUCGACCCCAUCCGCACCACUGGAUUCAGAGUUGAGUGUUUUUCCAUCGCCAUUCUGUUUGUCGUCAUCGGUUCCCUCGGCAGGGAUGGAUACGCUGUUAGGCGUCUUAUCGCCCUCUUUUGCAUGCGGUUCAAGCAUCGUUUGGCAACACUUUCUGAUCGUAUUCUAUCGGACGUCAACGUUAAAUCUUCGCUUCGCAACCUGAAUGUGACUUGUGGAAAAGGCAUGACAAGAAAAAAGACCGACUAAUCGUUUUGAAAAUUGAAAUCAAGGAGAAAAGUUGUAGAUAAGUAGAAAUCGAUGGACAGACGAGCAAACGAAAAUUUGACUCAACCAAGACUCAAAAAGACGUUCGAAGUAAAACCUGGGCUCAUUUCUUGAGAGAACGAAUAGAAAAUACUCGUACGAACUCGUACGUGUUUCUGGUGCUGCAUAGUACUCGUAGCGGCAAGAGCAGGGGCAAUGAGCACGGCAUUUGGGGCUACAAACGGUUCGAACUCAAAACAGCAGCACUAGGAGCUAGGAGCACGAGUACUUGGCGCCGUGAYGAUACGAUUACGGCAUCGUGCACAACAAAAAAACGAUAAAUCGACAAAAACCAUUCCUGCAAGAAGAGGAAUAAUUUCGUUCACAWUUGAGGGUUGACGAUACAACCAUGAUUCGAUCGAGAUCACACGGAAASUCCUCUUCGAAACAGGAGAAAAACGGAUCACGAUGGCAAGAAGAGCAUACACCACCCGCAUGGAACACAAGAGAUGGCGGUCCCGUUUCGAACGCAGUACUUUSGACGAAAACCGCGACGAUCGUGACACAACUAACGGCGAGAUUAGAUCGUGCUACAAACUGAAUCUCAACGCCCGCGGACAUCCAUCCAAAUGUGCUCUGAAAGACGAAGGUGGGAAUGGUAAAGAUAUCGACGUAGAUGAUGAUGCAGGUACCGAUUGUAGCCCGUUAGAGACCGCGAUUCGGACGGCUAGGAUAUUCAAUGGGAUUGUAGUGGAUGACGAUGGCAUUCUUUUGUCCCGUAGCGAAAGGGCCAAUAGAGAAAGUGAUUAUGCGUUGGGCAAAACGCUGAAGGAAGGACAGUCUAGACAGGCAGUGAAAAUCGAACGAAUCAUACGAGCUUCCGAAACCCGCAGCCCCCGCGGGAUUGGAGUAAGAAAGCAUCCGAAUKUUCCUAGUGACGAAACGGAUGACACCGCAGAUAUAGAACAAAAUAAUGCGUUACCAAGGUCCCAGCUUCUGGUUGUCCUCGGGGAAUAUGACGAUAUCACUCGACUUGUUUCGAAAGGAGCGGAAAAGCUUCGUUSAAGCAAAAGCAUUUCUUGGCUUCCUCAUUCUGUUUUGAGUCGAACUAUCGAGUUUUGCUCCACAAAAGAUGCCAUGAAUCUGUCACAAAGCUGCAAACUUAUGCGCCAAACAAUCACGACUUGCACCAACUACCAAGCCAAAACGAGGACUCUUCGGAGGGCAUUGAAGCAAAUGAGCAGUCGAGUCAAAGCACAGACAAAUUCCCCGACACAAGGAAUAUCGAACCAGCGUUUUCCAAACAUUGAAGUCAAAACACUUCGGAACACCUCUUUUAAAUGGAGUAAACGGGGUCGUCGUGAGAAAAGCAAUCAAAGCGCAGUUCGAGACAGGAAUAAUUAAAAUCUGUAGGAAAAUUCUAAUGUAAAUUAAAAAGUCGACCGAAU